AUGAGCACACCACUUCCAACUUAUUUAAUCAAUUUUUACGAUCAACAAUUUGCAGAAGAGUGUAGCAAUCAAAGCACACUCAAUAUUUUUUCUUUUAACAAAAUGACAUAUAAUGAUGAUCUUAAGAAGGAUUUUCGAGAGAAAAGUAUUAUUGGUAACUCUAGUAAAAUUUAUACGAAUGAACCUGACUAUAUAAAAGAAGUCGAACGACCUUUAAAGAAUAUUCAAUUAAUACUACCACGUAAGGAGCAUUACAGUAGACCUAAGGAACAUUGCAGUAGAGAAUUGAACGAAACUUCAAUUAAAAAAUUGACCUAUAAACCGUUAGAAAUACCAGAGGUACAUAACCUCUGGAUGUAA